ACAUACACACACACGCACGCACACACACACACCCACACACACAGAGAGAGAGAGAGAGAGGCAGGUCCUGUCUGCUUGUCAUCAUCAGCAGUGACAGGAAGCGUCUGUCGCUGCUCGUUUUUCAUGUCGUGGUGUUGAAUGUUUUAUUUGAGCAGCUGCCAAAUGUUUUAAUCGUACUUCUUAGAAGAAGAGAAAAACUGUAACGCUGACGGUUUAUUUAAUUGUUUAUCUCAUGCGUACAACCUCUGUUAGUUGGUGUGUUUGAAGAGUUAUUACAAAAGAUAAACUUGUCAAAAGAAUAUUUAAUUUUUCAGAGCUGGAAAUGACUUCUGGAGGUUUGGGCUUCACAGAGGGCCUAGGUCAAGACAUCAGCCAGGAGGAGUUGGACUUCUCCGACCUGUUUCUGUAUAAUCCACCUGGGGAGGACUUCCCUGUCGGCUGUGAUAAAGAUGACUCAGGUGCUCUCCUCCAGGACGACAUCCAGCCUCCUCUGCUGGUGGUCGACCAUCACGCUGCGUACAUCUCCAGCUCCAACCAGCCUGCCUCCAGUCAGGACCCCUCCUCUCACAGCCCCACCACAGAAAACCUGUCAGGGGCUGUGUUCGAGUCCCUGGGGCUGGCGUCGAGACCGGGGACCAUCCCUGCUCCUAGCCCCAGGAUUGAGAUCACUCCGUCGGGGGACUCCCUCAGCUCUCAGACCCUGGAGCCGAGCCCUGGCACCAAAGCUCUGGGGGGCUACAGGGAGUGUGUGAGCCCUGCCAGCAGCAACUCCUCCACGGGCUGGCCUGUAGAUUCAUACUCUCCUUUGGCUUCGCCGUGUGUCUCCCCUUCUAAUGGAAGCGGCUGUGGCAUUGGGUUGUCCAACUUGGACCUCCAGGGCAUCCACACGUCUUCUGCCCACUCCUCUCCAGGAGCCUCGCCUCGCAACAGCAUCACGGACGAGACCUAUCUCCUGCCCCAGCACCAGCACACCGCCUCACCGCUCCCCCACCAACGCUCCCGCUCUGUCUCGCCGCAUGGAAAGCGCUCCUAUGACCAGACCCACUCCUGUCAGGGGGGUACUCCUAUCAAGCAGCGCUCCCGGAGCCCCAGCCCCAUCCCCAUCCCCAUCCCCAUCAUCCCCUCGCUCCAUGAGCAGCAGGGGCCCUACUACCUCCACCAAUACCAGGCCCAAGCGGAGUUCCAUCCCCAAGCUCAGGCCUCUUCCCCGGGCCUGGAGGAGGUGCUGAACAGUCUCAGCUCCAGUCUGCCCAGAGCGAUGCCUUCUGCAGUGGUGCGAGAUGCACACGGGCAUUCGCAGAGACAGGACUGUGUGUAUGGAGAGGGGUAUGACUGGGCCUUGGAGCAGGAGAGGAUGGGCAGGGCAGGAGCCGAAGUCAAGCCCGAAACCUUCUAUAUGCUCCCCGUGUGGCCUCAUCCAGUCCAUCACGGAGCACUCGGUGGUCUCUCCGUGGCUCCACUCCCGUCUUUAGAGUGGCCGCUGCCCAGUCAGUCCGGUCAGUACGAGCUUCUCAUCCAGCAAGAGCCCAGAUCUCACCACAGAGCUCACUAUGAGACGGAGGGCAGCCGCGGAGCUGUAAAGACACCUAACGGAGGGCAUCCGGAAGUUCAGCUCCACGGGUACCAAGGCACAGCUCCACUGGGGCUGCAGGUCUUCAUAGGAACAGCCGACGAGAGGAUCCUGAAACCCCACGCCUUCUACCAGGUGCACCGCAUCACCGGGAAGACCGUCACCACACCCAGCAUGGAGAGGAUGAUGAACGGCACCAAAGUGUUGGAGAUCCCUUUGGAGCCAAAGAACCACAUGAGAGUGGUAAUUGACUGUGUAGGAAUCCUGAAGUUGAGAAAUGCCGACAUUGAGCUGAGGAACGGCGAGACGGACAUUGGACGAAAAAACACACGUGUGCGCCUGGUGUUCCGUGUCCACAUUCCUCAACCUGGUGGACAGCUCCUGUCUCUUCAAGCUGCCUCUCAUGCUAUUGAAUGCUCCCAACGCUCAGCUCAGGAGCUCCCUGCAGUCGAGAGACAGGACCUGGACCGAUGCUCAGUACUUGGCGGUCAACAAAUGGUCCUCACUGGACAGAAUUUCACAUCCGACUCCAAAGUGAUAUUCUCAGAGAAGACACAAGAUGGACAGCAAAUCUGGGAGGUGGAGGCCACUGUGGACAGAGACAAAACACAAGCUAACAUGCUUUUUGUCGAGGUCCCUCCGUAUCGAAACCGGACCAUUUCACACCCGGCCAAAGUCAACUUCUACGUCAUCAAUGGGAAGAAGAAACGCAGUCAGCCUCAGCACUUCCUCUACACUCCUGUGACAGCCAUUAAAGCAGAACCACUGGAUGACUACCAGUUGAAUUCGUACAUCUACUCAGACAAUCAGUCCCUGUCUGGCCUGUCAAUGAAGUCACUCUACCAUCACCUGGAGCAGGAGGGCAAUCUUCAAGCCUUGAAUGUUUCUCCAUCAAUGUACCACCUAACCACUGUAGACCCCAGAUCCCAUGUGCUAAUCCCGGAUCCACUGGACGACCAACCAGUUUAUUACCAGGCCAGGGCCAGCACUCUGAUCAACAACCCCAUGCUGUACCAUGCUGCAAACCAACGUUACAGCAACUGUGGCACUGCCCUCCUCGGUGGUUCCCCGAUGACCUCCCACCCGACCUCCACUCCCAGCCAGUGCGUCAGUGCCAGGACCCCUGUGGGCAAACUGGGCGAAGGUCCUCAGGGUGGUGAUUCGUACAAGGCCUGUUUGGUGUCAAGACAUCAGGAUUUUGUGCAGACAGCACUGCCACUGGGAAAGUCACCACCCUCAAGAUACAUCCAAGGUGAAGCUCAAGGAAAGGCUGGAAGCCGAGUGGAGCCUCUGACCCAGAUCAGCUCUGGUAGAGGAAACCAUGAGGAACGAGCUCCAGAGAGGGUCACAGUCAAACAAGAGAACCUCCGUUAUGCUUACCUGGAGGAUGUGAAUGACAUCAUAAGAAGAGACAUGACAGGCCACGAUGGAGAGUGAUCCUGGAGGCCACGUCCAUCAGAUUGAGCAUAAUAUGUAAAAUAUAAAAUCCUGAUUGUCUCGAAGGAAGAUUGUACUUACUUACUUUCUUGUAUUUGCAAUAAAGAAAACUGGAUUGGUGGUAGACAUUUAAGGCAAACAAUAGAAACUGAUCCACUUUAGGCUUAUAUUUUGACUUAAGACUUUUUAGCCUUAGCAUGUGUCAUACUUAUACUGUGUAUCUAUUGUGUUUUUAUUUUAACCUGUUUCACUUCUAAUUAUUCAUAUAUUUGUACAAUUGCUCUUUGUAGGCAUGUAUAAAAUAUUUUAUAUUAAAUAAAUUCUGUUUAUAUGAA